UCUGCCUUGCCUUGCGUGCCUGCCUGUCGUCUGCUGAAGCUGGGUUUACCACCGCGCCACGCUGUACUGACACGGAGCAGAGUCACAGCCCAUUUGCACCACCCGACGAGCACUCAGCACCCCCGUUUAUCACCCCGCCGACGCCACAAGCAAGAAAACCCAGGGACCAUUAACAGGAAAGGGGGGGGGGAAACACGGCAGUAACGAAACGGCCUGACGCUACUAUUUAGGCACCAGCGGCUACCUAACCGUAUCUCCCCCCUCCACCUUCUCCCAUCCUUUCCAACCAGACCACCACUCCUCUCUCUCGCUCCUCCCUAUGCCCUUGUCCUCGGCGGCUCCUCUCACCUCCCUGGCCAGUAUAUGGAUAGAAGCUCCCUGUUUCAGCUCAUACAAGAGCAGCUGGACCCAGAGAACACCGGUUUCAUUGCAGUGGAGAACUUUACCAGUUUGGUGGAGCACCAUGAGCUGCAGCUGGACCCAUCCAAGCUGGACAUGCUGUUAGCCCUCGUCCAGAGCAAUGAAGAAGGGCAGGUGUGCUACCAGGAGCUCAUCGAGCUGAUGAGCAGCAAACGCUCCAGCAGCUUCCGACGAGCCAUCGCCAAUGGCCGCCGCACACUGCAACGGGAGAUCCUUCUGGACGAGACGGGGUUGGGUCUUUAUAAACGUUUCGUCCGUUAUGUGGCCUACGAGAUCCUGCCCUGCGAAACUGACCGGCGCUGGUAUUUCCACCAAAACCGCCUGUGUCCCCCACCCGUCUUCAUCGCCAUCGUCACCAUCGUCCAGAUUAUUGUCUUCAUGUGCUACGGCAUCAUGCUAAACAAGUGGGUCCUGCAGACCUAUCAGCCUGACUUCAUGAAGAGCCCCCUGGUCUACCAUCCCGGCCACCGUGCACAAGUGUGGCGUUUCUUCAGCUACAUGUUCAUGCACGUCGGUUUGGAGCAGCUGGGAUUCAACGCUUUAUUACAGCUGAUGAUCGGCGUUCCCUUAGAGAUGGUCCAUGGCAUCCUACGAAUAAGUCUGCUUUACAUGGCAGGAGUGCUGGCCGGCUCGCUGACAGUGUCCAUCACCGACAUGCGUGCUCCAGUGGUGGGGGGCUCCGGGGGGGUCUACGCUCUGUGCUCAGCGCAUCUGGCCAAUGUCGUCAUGAACUGGGCCGGGAUGCGCUGUCCAUACAAGCUGCUCCGCAUGAUCCUGGCGCUAGUUUGCAUGAGUUCAGAGGUGGGUCGUGCAGUCUGGCUCCGUUUCUCGCCGCCGUUGCCCUCCUCCGGGCCACAGCCCAGCUUUAUGGCACACCUGUCGGGGGCCGUGGUCGGCAUCAGCAUGGGCCUGCUGAUCCUGCGCAGCUACGAGGAGAGUCUGCAGAAACAGUGCUCCUGGUGGGUCAUCGUCUUCUCCUUCAUCACCUUCCUUCUCUUCGCCAUCUUUUGGAACAUCUUUGCGUAUGAGCUCCUGGGGGUACAGAUACCACCUCCCCCCUGAUGUUUGGCCCCGCCCCUCCCCCCCUGCGGUCAUAUACACGGUGACUUCAGAGGUUCCCCUUUGACCAUAGUUAACUUUACAUUUCCUCUCAAGUUCGACCCAAAUGAAAUCAUCUAAACUAAAAAUCGACCAAGAAUCCUUUUUACAAAUACUUUGCAAAUCAAAGAAAUAUGUCUCUUUUAUUAAAGAGGGAUUACAGUAGCAAGACGUACAGGUGAAAGGUCCUCAGAUCCAUUUUGAGGAGCCUAAUAUCGUUUUUAUAUAUAUAUAUAUAAAUAUAUAUACGAAAAAAGCUCAUCCACAUUACCAGCACUAACCUUUCAAUGAGCAUUUAACCAUUGUGCUCUUUUACUAUCAGAAGCUUUUUUUUUUUUAAAGCAGUUUUCGUCACUUAUUUCUUUGAGUGCGUCUCUCAUUUGUGUAAAAACCAAAUUAGAAGAAUCUGAGCUCAUGACAUGUGCCUGGGGCGGAAAGGAAGAUGAAUUAAAAAAGGAUGAGAGGUGAGAGAUCGGGAUCAGCCGCAGCAGUGACGCUUUAAGCUAAUAAGGUGUCGGUGUUUUUCGCUUAGAAACGCCUCAAUCUGUGCCACAAAUCAGACCUGCCUGACAGGAUUUUAGGAGAAAUUUCAGGAAAUCCUUGUUUUGUUUUUUCUUUUGUAUUUUUAAAGGCAGCAAUAAAAGCCCACAAAAGCAGUUAAAUCUAAGCGUCAAGAUAAUGUUUUCGUUUCAUUUUCAGCUGAGAAAUGUUACAACUAGCAGAGGUUUUCCCUCAAACUGAGCUGCCAUGUAGGACACAAAGAAACCAGUUAAAAGUGAUGAAAGAAAUUUGUUACAGGAAGAAAGAAGGAAGGAGGAGGUUUUAGAUUCAUGAUUUCUUACCCAACGUCUGUCAUUUUCAAGGUUAGAAACAUUUCUGUCAUUUUUCGCUUCACGGAGUCCUAAAAACAAAGACGGACGUCACUAUUUCUGUAUUAUUUCCUUGCUAAUAUACCUACACUGUGGAUACAAAAACACACAAUGACAUCAACAUGUGGAGGUGGGAGAUUAAAGUGACCGCGUGACAGGAAGGGAAAGAAAAAGAUGAGAAAAUGUGAGCUGAAGUUUCCUGGAUGGUCAUCACUUCGGCGAGCGAACUCAACCAACUUGCUAAGCGCACCAUGUAAAAUAUGCCAUGUCAUGCUCUGUGGCACUCAGCGAGACAAAGACACACACACAAACACACAAUCUUCUCCUCUUUGUCUUUGAGAGUAGCCGCGGCCUGAUUCUGCAGGUCAUUGUGGGCAAACUGAGCAGAAAAACAACACACACACACACACACACACACACACACACACACACACUGGCCUCUGCCUGUUCUCGCUGACAGACUGAACUGGGGAGGGCACGGAUGUGUCAUCACCUGACCUCUGACCUUUGUUUCCCAGAGGGCAUUGGGGUCUCUACGUCAGGCCCGGUCGAUACCUCAGUUUCUCAUUCUUAGGGACUGUAUACAUUUGUAAAGGAAUGUACCUAUAAAGAAAAAAAAAGGUGUUAUAAGUUGUCCCCGUUUUUCAUUUGAUCGUGGAUGUGUAUAUUGUAUGUUCAUAACCAAGAGUAUAUUUAUUUGUAUUUUUUCCCCCCUCUUUAAAGGGGAAAAGAGAAAAAUGGUGCAAACAAAACUAAUGCUAUGAUUGUUGUCCUUCUGAUGACUCCUGUAUGGCUUUGAACCUCUGAAACACAGAGAGGCAGAAUCCCCCGGGUUUGUUAGGCGACCACCAACAAGUCGAGCUCACCUGGUUUUAUAAAUCUUCAGUGCUUUACAAAAUAAGCCAUAGAAAGAACUAAAAGGAGAUGGCAGAAGCAGAGGAAGAAAAAAAACGAGAGAAAAAAAACACAUUUGUUGGUUUGAAACGCGCUGACUGGUAGCUUCUGUUUAGA